ACACAUUAACGCCCACAUUUCCACUCGCUUUUCCUCACCAAGCUGGCCUAUCACCACAUUCCUUUACAUCGUCUUCAAGCUCCCGUGCUUCAUUCGCCACCCAGUUCUCUGUGUGUAACUCUUGAAGAGUUUCCACGUCCAAUCCUUUACUGUUGCACUUGAGCCUCGAUCGACGAACAUCACGAACAGCCCCCAACUUUACAUCCUCGUUCAAAUUUCAAAACCGACAUCCACAGUAGCCGGAUAAAAACAAUGAAGUACUUAUUCGCUCUCUCCGCUUUGGCGGGCUUGGCUUCGGCCCACAGUAUGGUCUCGCAUUUCCAUGUCAACGGAGUCGCCGAUUCGUCGUGUGUCCGUCAGGCAUCCAGUACAAACCCUAUCACCGAUCUGUCGAGUGAUGCUAUGGCUUGCAAUAUUGUUUCGAGCAAGGCAACCAACAAGUGCACAGUUCAAGCCGGCGAUAUCGUUGGGUUCGAAUGGCGUGUCGAUCCGCAAAUUCCUGCCGCCGACUAUCCUCUCAACGAUGAAGGCGAAAGGGUCGGUGUCACCGACACGAGCCAUAUGGGCCCAUGUGCGGUGUAUGCCAAGAAGGUCUCAGAUUCUACCUCUGCGACGGCUCCAGGCGAUGGUUGGUUCAAAAUCAUGGAGGAUGGACUCGACUCGAACGGUGUGUUCUGCACCACCAGACUAAGAGAGGCCAAUGCUCUGCAAGAGGUCACCAUUCCCAGCUCCAUCGAAGCCGGAGACUACAUCCUCCGCGCCGAGUUCCUGACCCUCAACGAUGCCGGCGCCAAGAGCAUUGGUGGCCAGGCGUCGCCCCAGUUCUACCCGGGUUGUGCCCAGGUCACCAUCACCGGAACCACCGGAACUGCGAAGCCAGAAACCGUCAGCAUUCCAGGCUACGUCAACAUCGACACCCCAGGCUUGAUCUUCGACGUGUGGAACAGCGAGACGUUCAAGAACUACCCGAUGCCUGGCCCCGCGCUCUUCGUCGACGGCACCUCUCCCGUGAGCCAGCCCAUCGUACCUACGAGCCAGCUCGCUGUGCCCACGAGCCGGACAAAGACCUACUCGACCACUUACUUCCCCACCUUCACUCACUUCGCAUCCGUGACCCCACUCCCACUCCCGGUGCUGGUGACAAAGACGUACUCUACCACGUACUUCCCGGUGUACACCAGCUUCGCCAGCGGCGCCCAAAACCCCAACAAGGACCCCACGGCCGGCGAACCCUACCCGACCACCUACUUCUCCGUCUACACCAGCUUCGCCAACGGCGCGCAGAACCCCAACGUCGACCCCACGACCAGCGAGUACCUGCCCCUGCCCAGCAGCACCGAGUACCCGGCCAGCAGCAUCGCCGAGCCCACCACGGAGGUAGCUCCCGUUGCUCCCGUUGCUCCUGUUGCCACUCCUCCUGUUGCCACUACCCCAGCUGCAUACCCCACCGACGUUGCUCCUGUCGCCUCUACUCCGGUAGUGUACACAUUCGUGACCGCCACGCGAACGACGAAGGGGAGCACGAUUACGCGCACAGCCACCGCCAGCGUGAGGCCCUCGAAGUCGGCGUACUGCGGCAAGUGGUGCCGCUACCAGCAGGCAAAGAAGGAUAAGGCCGGGAAGAUCAAGAGUAAGAGCAAGAGCCCCAAGUACUAUAGCAAGGCUAUCAAGGCUAGCAGAUCCAGCCAGUCCGGCAAGGGGAAGAAGGGGAGGUAUUAAGUGGUUACCACUGGAUCGCAGCUCUAGUUUUUUGUUUUUUUUAGGGAGGGGGGGAGGGGA